AUGCUCCUCUGUUUUCCCAAAAAGUUAUUGUUGUUAAUUGCACUUCUAUCACUUUUACAAUUCAUUUUUUAUAAUAUUUCUUCUCGAAAAAAUUCAAGAAAUCUGGAAAAUCCCAAAAAUCAAAUUCUGCCGAAUUCCGAAAUCAAAAAUGGAGGAAAAUGGAUAGUGGUGACAAGUGUAAACUAUCCAACUGAAGAUGUCAAGAGACUCGCAUCAAUAGAAAGCUGGAAUCUCGUUGUCGUUGCUGACACUAAAACUCCAGAAGACUGGAAUCUCGAAGGCGUUCAUUUCUUAUCAGUAGAGUUCCAGAAAAAUCUACCAUUUUCUUUAAUCUCUUCUCUCCCAUAUAAAUCGUAUACUCGAAAAAAUAUUGGAUAUUUGUAUGCAAUUUCUCAAGGCGCUGAAUGGAUUUAUGAUACCGAUGAUGAUAAUAAACCAUAUGAUAAACUCGGACUUGAUCAAUUUGACUACGAUGAUACAGUAUCAGGAGUUCGGUAUACGGUAGAAAAUGCAAAGGAUGGGAUACGAAAUCGGCUAUUCAAUCCAUACAGAUACGGAGGAAUACAACAAAUGUGGCCCAGAGGUUUUCCUUUGGAACAUUUCGAGGUCAAAAAGAAUCACACAAACGGAAAGGACAAUCAAAUUUUAUGUCAAAAAAUGAGCAGAUCGGCUGUACAACAAGGAUUGGUGCAUCAUGAUCCCGACGUUGAUGCUAUUUAUAGACUUCUAAAUGCGGACAAAUCAACUGGUUUGGAUGUGAAAUUCAACAAAUUUGCACCAAAAAUCAUUUUAUCAAUCGGCACUUAUUCUCCGUGGAAUUCGCAAAAUACGUUAUUUCACAAAUCUGCAUUUCACACUCUUUUUCUACCUACUACAGUAUCCUUCCGAACCACUGAUAUCUGGCGCUCUUUUAUCUCUCAAAAAAUCCUACAUUUAUCUGGUCUUACUGUAUCUUUUGUGCCCACCAACGCAGUACAAUUUCGAAAUGCACAUGACUAUUUAAAAGAUUUUAAGGAUGAAAAACAGGUUUUCGAAGAUUCUGGACGAUUUUUGAAGUUUCUACACAAUUGGAAUUGUUCAAAUGCAACAGUUUUGGAGGAUUGCAUGAAAAAAUUGAGCGAGGACUUGGUUUUGGAAAAAUUAUGGGGAGAAGAAGAUGCCAAACUGAUGGGAAUGUUUUUGGAUGAUAUGAAAGUUAUGGGUUUCGAAUUCCCUCCCUUAAUCGGGGAAAGUUAUCAGGAUCCAUAUAAAAUUUCAAAAAAUGAAUCUGAAAGGAAUGUGAACUGUAGAAGAAUGAAUUUGGAAUUUGAUUUGAUAGAUCCGAAGGAAUCGGAGAAUCAGAAAAUUCAAAAAGCAGAGCAAAAAUUAAAUUAUUUUGGGAAUUUAGCAGAUUGGUGUAACCAGACUGGGUAUUCUGAUUUAUCAAAUCAGUUCCCAUCUCCUGAGCAACUGGCUGAUGAUCAUUUGGUUUUUGAGAACUAUUCAGAUACGGUCCUAGUUGUUGUAAAUAAUUUCCCUUGGAAAUAUGGUCCAGGAAUUAUUCAAAGACUUUAUCAGCCAUAUUUUGCCGCUGUCAUUUUUUGUGGUUCUUGGUAUCCGGACCAAUUCAAGGACCAAGAUAAUUACACCUCAAUUAUCUCCCCACUUAAUUAUAUUCAUAUAAAUCCAGCUGAAAUUUUAAGAGGGUAUUUUGGAUAUCAUUGUCUAACUUUGGUCCAAGAAAUGGGAUUGAAUAAUGUGAGAGGAUAUUUUUUCAUGGCCGAUGAUGCGAUUUUCAAUCUUUGGAACUCAAUUAAUUUUGAUUUUGUACAUCAUUUGACUGGUGACUCUUAUGAGAACAGUACAAAUUGGUGGAAAACGGAAUAUGGUAGUUUUUACAUUCCAUCAUCUGCAAUUUCUUACUAUUCAAGAAUAAUGAGAAUUUUCUAUGAGCACAAAUUAUUUUUGGAAAUCGCGGUGAACAAAUUUUUGAAAUCUAUACAUCAUGAAAUAUCUCUACCCCACCAAUAUCGGUAUCUCUGGAAAAAUGACAGGGGCCAAUGGGACCAAAUUUAUUCAGAAAUUUUGAUAGCAAUACAUCCGGUUAAAAUGAGUGGAUUUAGAAUUCCUGGGGAUAGUCGAAUAAGAUACUGUAGCUCCGUACUGAAAACUUGGUCACAAAUGGUAUUUGGAGGAUCUCAAGGUUUUAAUGAAACUAUGAUUUUGUAA